GCCUUUCUACAAUCAGACGAAAUAGUAGUGUCAACCAAAUAUGGCAAAUAGAGUUGGAUCAUUUUGCCUUAACACCUUUAGUAGGCGUUUGAGCAGUGCUCCUUUGCCAUCUUAUAAUUUUAAGCCCAAAAACUACGAGGGACCAGCGUACGAAAAAACAACCACGUUGAAAGCAGCGCACAUACCUCCGGCUGUAUAUAAUGUAUACAAAAAUCCUGUUCUUAUUCACCAAGGCCACAUGCAGUGGCUAUUUGACCACAAAGGAAGAAGAUACUUAGAUCUGUUUGGAGGAAUUGUCACAGUUUCAGUAGGACACUGCCACCCAAAAGUGGUAGCGGCUUUGAAAGAACAAGCAAAUAAACUUUGGCAUACGACUAACAUUUAUAGACAUCCCAAAAUUUAUGAUUAUGUUGAAAAACUGGCUUCGAAAUUCAGUGGUGAUUUGAAGGUGGUUUACUUGGUAAAUAGUGGAACUGAAGCCAAUGAAUUAGCCAUUCUACUUGCUAAGUCCUAUACAGGCAAUAACGACAUUAUCUCACUCCAAGGCAGCUAUCACGGGUACUCGAACACCAUCCAGGGACUGACAGCGACCCAAUGUUACCGGAUGCCAAUACCUGUUCCAAGCGGGAUACAUCAUGCUAUGUUACCAGACCCUCUUCGUGGUAUUUGGGGAGGCUGCAGGGACUCCUUGUCUCAAGUACCCGGAUCUUGUGCUUGUCCAGAGGAUUGUGUCACUUCCGACAAAUAUGUUCACCAGCUCAGUGAAUUAAUAGAUAACUCAAUUCCCAAAGGAAAAGUGGCAGGAUUUUUUGCUGAAUCAAUUCAAGGAGUAAAUGGCACUGUUCAAUUUCCCAAAGGAUAUCUGAGAAAAGCUGCAGAGCUAAUACGUAAAAAUGGCGGCAUUUAUAUAGCCGACGAGGUCCAGACUGGAUUCGGUCGUAUGGGUGAUACGUUUUGGGGCUUUGAAACUCAUGGUGUUGUACCUGAUAUUGUGACGAUGGCAAAGGGCAUAGGGAAUGGUUUUCCAUUGGCAGCUGUUGUUACAAGAAAAGAAAUAGCAGAUGCACACAUGCGUGCUACUUAUUUCAAUACAUUUGGCGGAAAUCCUUUGGCUUCAACAGUCGGUGAAGCUGUUUUAAACGUGAUCGAAGAGGAAGAUUUGCAACUGAACAGUAAGAUUAUUGGACAAUAUUUUAUAGAAAAUUUGAUGGAUCUACAAAAGGUGUACCCCGUUAUUGGUGAUGUUCGCGGCAAAGGUUUAAUGUUGGGAAUUGAAUUGGUUGAACCUGGAACAAAAGAGGCUUUGAAUGUCACUAGUGUUUCAGAAAUACAGGAAAAUAUGAAAGAUCUUGGAAUUUUAAUCGGGCGUGGAGGAAGAUACAACAACGUACUGAGAAUAAAGCCUCCCAUGUGUAUAACAAAAGACGACUUCACUUCGAAAGUGGUCUCCUGCGAGAAAACCAAGGAGCCGAUAAUAGAAUACGGGAAGACAUCGAAGUUUGAAGGAUACGCGGUCACUUUAGAGAAUACAAUACUGUUCCCGGCCGGCGGUGGACAGCCCCAUGAUAUUGGCAAACUGAAUGAUGUGGAAGUGCUGCAAGUGUUGCGGAAGGGUGAAGAAGCCAUACACUUCACGAGGGAGCCGCUGGAAGUGGGCAGUGUUGUCACGCAGCGCGUCCACUGGGACCGGCGCUUCGAUCACAUGCAGCAGCACUCAGGCCAACAUCUCCUCUCGGCAAUCUUAGAGACAGAGUACAACCUCCCGACCACGAGCUGGUGGCUCGGCGAACAAGAGUGCUACGUGGAGCUGGCCAGCACGGCGGUGCCGGAGGAGGCUGCUCGGGCGGCGGAGCGGCGCUGCAACGAGCUCAUACGGCAGGCGAGGCCGGUCGUCGUCAAGAUUAGCAGGAAGGGAGAUGAAGCACUUGAUGAGGCGCAGACUCGGGGGCUGCCCGCUGACUGCGUGUCCACCAUCCGCGUGAUCAGCAUUGAAGGCGUCGACGACAACAUGUGCUGCGGCACCCACGUCUCCAACCUCAGCCAACUCCAAGUGAUAAAGCUGCUGGGCUGCGAGCCCGGCAAGAAGGGGAAGACCAACCUGCGCUUCCUGGUGGGCAACCGCGUGCUCCAGCACUUCCAGCUCAUGCAGGGACGCGAGCAGGCGCUCACCGCACUACUCAAGAACGAACCAAAGAAACAUGAAGAGCUGGUGCAGAAGCUGCAGAGGAACCUGAAGCUAGCCAGCAAGAACCUGCAGGGCGUGCUCUCGGAGCUGGCGCGGCUGGAGACGCGGCGGAUACGGGCGGAGGCGCCCGCGUUCGUGGCCACGUGCAGGAAGGACGCCACGCCGGACUUCAACAGGGCAAUCUGCAAGGGUCUGGAAGACACGGAGGUGUUCGUGUGUCUGGCGGCGGAAGACCCGGACAAGCCCAGGGAGGGACAGAUACUCAUACAGGGGCCGGAACAACACUGCACCGCUUUAGGGACCCAGAUAACGGAGUUGCUGAAAUGCAAGGGCGCGUUCAAACACGGCAAGUUCCAGGGCAAAGCGGGCGACCUCAGCGGCUUCAGUAAAUGCCAGAAAUUGAUUGAAGACUACUUUAACAAUAUCUCAUAAUACUUAUUUAAA